AUGAAACGUAUGCUUUUUUUAUUUACUGAAGCAACCACCACAGUAACAGAUAUCAUUGGCUGUAUUCGAAGUAGAGAUCUUCGUUGGAAUCAAACAGGUGUGGUUGUUGCUACUGGGUUUAAGAAACCAUUGGCAUUGUCUAUUGGUGCAAAUGAUUCUAUCUACGUAUGUGACAAGGACGGCCAUAACAUUGAAAAAUGGGACCAAUGUUCAUCAAAUGGUGUGGUAGUAGCAGGUAGUAAUACUAGUGAUCCGGGUUCAACUUCGAUAUUAUUAAACCAUCCGGAGGACGUUACUUUUGACACAAAUGGAUAUAUGUAUGUACCUGAUACUGACAAUGAUCGAGUACAACGCUUUUCUUCUGAUUCUAAUAAUGGUACCACUGUCGCGGGAACCGGAACUGCAACAAAUACAUUGACCGGUUUGAAUAAACCACAGGCGGUUGCUGUUGAUUCAAAUUCUAAUAUUUAUAUUGCUGAUGAGGGCAACAAACGCAUAAUGAAAUGGGUUCCAAAUGCAACCAAUGGUACUAUUUGGCUAACUGACAACGACAUA